AAGCACAAAGACGCAAGAUGACGGCAGAAGACCUCAACUACUUCACGCUUGACGACAUCGCCGAGCACAACUCCAUCAAGUCUACUUGGAUCGUCAUACACCAUAAGGUCUAUGACGUCACCCGGUUUCUGGAGGAGCACCCGGGCGGCGAGGAGGUCCUGAGGGAGCACGCAGGCGGGGACGCCACCGAGAGCUUCGAGGAUGUCGGACACUCCACCGACGCCCACGCCGUCGCCCAGCAGAUGCUCGUUGGAGAACUGCACCCGGAUGACAGAGAGAAAUUGGCUAAGCCUGCGGAAAGUCUGGCGACUACUUUGGAGGAGGAGCCAAGCAGCUGGUUACCCAACUGGCUGAUUCCGCUGGCGGCGGCAGUCAUCGUCACCCUGGUGUAUCGCAUGUACGUGGCCGAAAGCGAGCUGUGAUAUCACCGUGUGACGUCAUGCCGCCGCAGGCUGCUGCCGUGGGACCAAGGGAUGGAUGCAAUUUGCUCUUGAUAUUGUCUGUGAUGUCACACUUGAAAUGGUGCAGGAGGCGUGGCCUCUUUCCCACUGGCUCCAACGUGGCCACCGUGACGCUGGAACGAGUCAACGCUGCAAUCACAAGAAAUGAAAUCAUUUAGGCACGCACCAAGUUUGCAUUUGUAGCUUUUGCACGGACGUGCACUUGACAGCAACCAACAUUUGGAUUGGCCCUCUUGCUGCGUUGAGUCGAAGGAAAGUUCUUAUUGCGCCCUCUUGUGGAAGAGUAAAAAUCAAUAUCGCAUUGUUAAAGUUAUGAUUUUUGUUUUAUCCGACUGGACGGGAGUGAAUUAAAUUUGCCACCAAGUGGCGCCAUUUCAUUUCAGUACAGUCGCCUUGGCAAUCUUUUGUCUCCACGUGGUUGAAAAUGAAUCAAUGUUGGUGUGACGUCAGUGCUGAUUUGUAGUGACGCACUAGAAGGGACCGUUACGUAAACGGACGGCUAGAUGUUUACCUUCAACUUGAUUGACGUUACCUGACAUGUUUGCAUUUGAGGAAAUAAGCUACAUAUCCAUCACAUAAAUGCGCUCCAAAUACAAUGUUAUGAUCUGCCUUUCUAAAUAAACUAAAUGUUCAUUUUUUUCCUCCA